GCUCUCCCUUCACAUUGUUUUCAACAAGGAAGAGAGGACAGCAAUUCAAAUAGUCGUACAGAUUAAAUAACUUUCACUGUAAGCUGUAGGCUUCCUUAAAGCAGGGCAUUGAGAUGAAGAAGCCGAGGGAGAGCCAGUGCACUCAGAAGACCAUCUCAUUGCUGAGCCCCCUGGGGAAGAUCCAAGUCAGUGGAUGUGAGAAUGGUGUGCACACCAUCCAGAUCCUAAUGGAUGUCGCACCUGCUGAAAGGAGUGACGAGGCCCCCUUGAGCUGUGUGGUCAACGAUAGCCCAGCAGAAAUGAGCCCUGAGUUGCAGCGCUGCGUUGAAUGGCUCCAGGCGUACUUCAGUGAGCCGCAGACCAUUGGGAGUCUCCCGCUCCCUGCCUUUCACCACCCCGCCCUGCAAGGAGAUGCAUUCACCAGCCGCGUGUUGCAGAUACUUCUGAGGGAUGUGAAGUUUGGAGAGACGGUCUCGUACAAACGCCUCGCUGAGAUGGCGGGAAACCCCAGGGCGGUACGAGCAGUGGGAGGGGCCAUGAGGAGGAACCCGGUUCCUCUCCUAAUUCCCUGCCACAGAGUCAUUUCUAGCAGUGGACAGAGUGGGCCGUACAUGGGCGGCAAGGGCGACCAUCUCAAACAAUGGCUCCUCACCCAUGAGAGGCAGAGAGAGGAACGCUAAAGCAUGACAGAGCCCAACUGUCCCUCAUUCAGUACACACACACACACACACACACACACACACACACACACACACAAGGCCAGUUUUUUUUUUUUUUUUUUUUUUUUUUUUUUUUAUUGCACAAAACAGGGCCAUAAAGUUUAGCGUGCUUGGCACACACUGUGGAACAACUGGAGCUACUUGUAAAUAUUCAGUUUAUACUCCUUUUUUUAAAUCUAAGAAUAGAGAUGCUGCAUAGUUAAUGUGAUACAGAGUUGUUGCAGAAUUAGAAUGUACAAAAAUAACUUAAACAGAGAACAGUAGGAAUUACAAACAUAUGCUCCCGUGGGUCUCAGUUCCGUUUGCCAGAUAUUGCUGGAAUGGUUUUUCUAAAGAAUUAUUAUUCCCUUAAAAAUAUGUCUCUCACAUUGUUGUUGUUGUUUUUUUUUUUUUUUUUUUUUUUUUUUUUGCUUUUCCUAAGCAGAAUUAGUCUUUGUACCUCUCGCUGGUUAUUUAAUUUCCUGCCAAGUGAAUGCUUUGUUCAACAUCCAGUGAUAAAGGCUCUGAAUUUUACCGCUACAAAGCUUUGUUGUGAGGCAUUUGUUUUGUCUUCAUUUAGAUCUCAUUGUUUGCUCCACCUAGAGUGGUGAUGCCAUAUGCAUUAUAUACUAUAUUUUUAUGUUAUAUAAUAAAUGUUCAAAUAAAUAUAUUUCUAUGUGUCAAAUCUUACCUUGACAGCAUUUUAAUUAUAUUUAAUUUUUAAAUUGCUUUCAUGUAUUCUUUUCUGUCUGUUCAUCUCCGAUCUCAAAAUUAAUUAUGCUGUACGUCUUCUCUCCUCACUCCAAUACAGUAUGUUAGAGCUCCUUGCUUUAUUUCUGAGUUGUGUUUUCCAUUAGAGGGCAGUACAGAACGGGAAACAGAAAUCAACAUUUCAACCUUGACUUCUUCCUGCACAUUUAAUCUAUAUCUUAAAUGCUUACAUAUUAUGUCAUUUUCAUCAUAACCUGGUUUGAUCCCUUAGAGAUGAAUUAUUCUUUCUCAGAAAGACCAUAGGAACAGGU